UAACGAACCAGUGUGGGCAACGCCGACUGCUACAGCGGAGGUCCUAGCCACCGUGACAUGUGAGUACCGGACGAAUACUUUGAAAGCCUAACUUUUAAGUGACCCUGACCUCUGCUGGAUACAGAAAUGGCUAACAAUUUCACUACAGCGCUGGCAGCUUCUCAGGGCAAUAACUGUGACCUCUAUGCACACCACGGCACAGCCAGGAUACUAAUGCCUCUGCAUUACAGCCUUGUCUUCAUCAUCGGGCUGGUGGGAAACCUGCUGGCCUUGGUUGUCAUUGUUCAAAACAGAAAAAAAAUCAACUCAACCACUCUCUACUCGAUGAACUUGGUGAUUUCUGACAUCCUGUUUACCACAGCCUUGCCCACUCGGAUAGCCUACUAUGCCCUAGGCUUUGACUGGAGGGUCGGUGAUGGCCUGUGCCGGAUAACUGCCCUGGUGUUCUACAUCAACACCUACGCAGGUGUGAACUUCAUGACCUGCCUGAGCAUAGACCGCUUCUUCGCCGUGGUGCACCCUCUGCGCUACAACAAGAUCAAAAGGAUCGAAUACGCGAAGGGUGUUUGCAUCUCUGUCUGGAUUCUAGUGUUUGCUCAAACCCUGCCUCUGCUCAUCAGACCUAUGUCCAAGGAGGAGACCGGCAGGACAACUUGCAUGGAAUACCCAAACUUUGAAGAGACGGCUUCCCUCCCCUGGAUCCUGCUUGGGGCGUGCCUGCUCGGCUAUGUGCUGCCGCUCGUAAUCAUUCUCAUCUGCUACUCCCAAAUCUGCUGCAAACUCUUCAAGACUGCCAAGCAGAACCCACUAACUGAGAAAUCGGGUGUCAACAAGAAAGCUCUCAACACAAUCAUCUUCAUCAUCGUGGUGUUCGUUCUCUGUUUCACGCCUUACCACAUAUCAAUCAUCCAACACAUGAUUAAGAAACUCUGCUCCCCUGAUGCCCUCGAAUGUGGCCAGAGAUAUUCCUUCCAGCUCUCCCUGCACUUCACAGUGUGCCUGAUGAACUUCAACUGCUGCAUGGACCCCUUCAUCUACUUCUUUGCAUGCAAAGGCUACAAGAGGAAGGUCAUGAAGAUGCUGAAGCGGCAAGUCAGUGUGUCCCUCUCCAGCGCCGUGCGGUCAGCCCCUGAGGAAAAUUCACGGGAAAUGACGGAGUCCCAGAUGAUGAUCCACUCCAAGGUUUCCAACGGAAGGUGAAAGGACACACCGGGCUUCACAACAGAGUGAGCUGCGCAGUGGCCUCUGCAGACGGAGCUCAGUCCCACUGCUGCUCCGCCAACCGAUGAUGCACUGAGAUCCAGUCCAUCUCGAGGGAACAACAAAAGCAAGUUCUACUCCGUAGCUGAAAUACUGCAUGUAUAAGGGAAGGCUGCCUCAGUCAGUCUUGAUGUGAAAGCACUGCUCUGUGCUCCUCAGAACGCAAUCGUUGCUGUCUCUGGCAAACGGUUAAGACAGAUUCCACUGUACGUUAUCAGUGUAAAAAUGUUAAUACUGUAAUACAGCAAACAUAUUUCUUAAUUUACACCUUUUAAUUUUAGACUUUAUCUCCCCAGUUUUUAUUUGCUUGUUUGUUUUGUUCUGAGACAGGGUUUUUAAGGAAAAGUUUGUGGAAUAAAGAACAGGAGGUAACAAAAGUAUCAGUAUGGCGGUGCCAGUGACCAGCAGUGGUUCCAAGUAUAGCAAACGAAGGGUUAAUGUAGAGAGCAAAGUGCAGGUGAGCAUCAGUGGCUGAGCACGGAGCUCCUCCCAGGCAGCCAGGACAGCACUCAGGAAGAAAGAAAGGGCUCUCCAGGGAGGCUCUCAGUAGAAGCAUGGCUACAUGCUACACUCCUCACUCCUCUGAGGACAAAAAUAUGCAUGGAUGCUUUGUGUUCCUUGGCUUUCCAAAGAUCUUUUUUUGGAAGUUGGUAGCACCUGGCAUAUAUAUAUACCUGUAGAUUAGCUUUUAAAGCAGUGGGAGCAGUGAGGAUUACAAUUAUAAUUGCCAUACUUGCCUAAA